CAGAGGUCAAAGUUUCUUUUCCGUUGAAAGUUGUAGAACUUUAGAGUUGCCAUGGUAACACAACGUUUAGGGAAGUGCAGAGUGCAACAAAAUCAGCUGGACCAGCACGAAAAGAGUGUAAAAUAUAGUCAUGUUUGAACGAGCAACACAUCCCAAAUGUGUAGACUGUCUUGACAGCCAGCUAAAGUUAGCAAGCCAGCUAAUGACUCAACAUUAAGUAAAUUGUCAAAGCAUCACAAAAAUGUCAGGUGAGUUGCUAGCCAAGUAAAACUCCACGGUGUACUUGACGGUCAGUUGAUGUGAAGUACAUCGUGGAGUUAGGUUUUACUGGCUAGUUAGCUAUCUAGCUACCACAGGAGGUUGGUAGCACCUUAAUUGGGGAGGAUGGGAUCGUGGUAAUGGCUGUAGCAGAAUAAGUGGAAUGGUAUCAAAUACAUCAACCACAUGGUUUGAUGCCAUUCCAUUCACUCUGUUCCUUAUAAUGUCAUUAUUAAUGAAGUGUUUUUCCUGCAGAGAAGAAAGGCCACAGAAAGCAAAGGUACAGACCAGACUUCACAGACCAUCCUAUGUAUAUCCUAAAUAUUGUACAUUUUUGUGCUUUAGGCUAACUAUUAUCCUAUGUAUCAGCAGUUUUGAACUACACUCAUAUAUUUCAUUUCAGAGGAACGCAGUUUGAAAGUAUCCUAUAUUUUCCAGAAUGGUGACAGAUAUGGGAAAUCCUCACAUCAUAUUGACAGAGUAACAUUAUAUUUUUGAUUUGAACUGUUAGAACCACAUGUUAUAACCAGCUAUAUAUAUUGUGGGAUGUCAUCACCAGAAGGUGAGUGCUGCAGGUCCCCAGAGGAAUUUGUGGUGAGGAGUGGCAUAGGCAAACAUAAUUUCAGGGUGGGUACUCUGCUGUGAGUGGACAGUGCUCCCUCUAUUCCAUAUGGAAGGCAGAGGGACUCUGGAGCAUCCCUCUGGGGCAAUGUAUGAAGGAGACUUUAAAGACAACAUGUACCACGGCACUGGGACAUACAGAUUCCCUGAUGGGACCAAAUAUUGCAACAGCAAGAACAGGUUGGAGGGUGAUGGGAAGUUCACAGAUUCUCUGGGACUUGUUUGGACUGGAGGCAUUCACAACAAGGCAGCUCCUGGCUUGAAACUUAAUCUCCACAUGUACCCAUGACAUGAUGUGAGAUAACAUAACUCUAAUUCGUCAUUUAUUUCUUACAUUUUAUGAGCAUUUAUUGAAUAUACAGUUAGUCGGAAGUUUACAUACACUUAGG